AUGGAUGAUGGGAAUAAAUUUUUAUUUUUAUUUGGAGCUGUUUUAAUCUCAUUGUUCGUAAAUGAACCUCCUGAACGGCGUUAUUUUCUUUUGCAACAAAUGAAAGCAAAUAUAGAUAAAACACGUAGAAUAAACUUGGUAUCGCAUGUCUGUCGUAAGGUCGUAAAAUUGGGUGAAAGAAAAAGGUAG